CGUGUCUUGCCUUCUAUUCUUACAGAAUGACCUCAGUGUUUACUUUUUGAUUUCACUUUCGAUUUCAAAAGAAAACAAUAUGUCCUUACUAUUUUUUUCUCUUAAUUUCAUCAAUAAAAAGUAGGAAUGCAUGCACCUUAUCCACUCAUCAGAAAGCGUAACAAUUAUAACCUUGAAUAUACAAAACGAAAUAAAUGUAACCUUAUUCUUAGUUGUUUAUUUUCUAGAAAAUACGUAUUGGUUUCUAACAUAACAAGAAGAAAAACGCAUCUGUACAUAAAUGUUUUACUAUAGUUAUAUAAAAACUAACAUACCGGGAAGCACAACACGUAUGUAUAACAACACACGCGUUGGCACACACACACACACGCACACUUUCUAUUCCAUUCUAUGUAAAACUUUGAUUCGCUCUUACACGUCUUAAAUAUAUACGGACAGGAGGUGUUGAAUAACACUGUUGACUAUUCUACAGCUUCUUCAAAGUUGAACAAGAAACAUUCAUCCAGGAUAAUAAAUGGAUAUUUUGAAGAAAAUACAAGAGGAUUGGUGGAUUUUUCUUAUUCUCCUGAUAAACGUGUGGCUAAAUUUAAAAGUCACGCAGUUAUUGGGUAUCGUGCUUAAAUACACUGUGGGUAAAUGCUGUUGUUCGAAGCGGAAGUAUUUGAGACGUGCUGGUGAAUGGGCAAUAGUUACUGGUGCAUCGUCUGGAAUUGGUAAAGCCUACGCAGAGGAAUUAGCUAAAGAUGGUUUGAAUAUUAUGCUAAUUGGUAACAUUGAGCAACAACUGUUUUCGGUUGCCGACGAAUUGUGUCAGAAAUAUAAAAUCGAAACUAAAUUUGUUGUCGCUGAUUUUACAAUUGAUAAUGUAUAUGAUAUAAUUGAACCUGAAAUUGAGAAACUCCCUUCCGUCGCGUGUUUAGUCAAUAAUGUUGGAAUGAUGGGGGAAAUGGAUUUAUUCAUAUCAUCUCGCUGUUCAAAUAGUAAGGACUUCAUUAAAAAUAUCAUCCAUUGCAAUACACUGUCAACAGCAACAAUGACGCGUAUAGUAAUGCCAAAAAUGUUAUCACAAAAACAGUCCAACCCAGCUAUCAUUAAUAUUGCGUCCUACUCUGGUGUCAAAGUCUUUCCUUAUAUUGCAAUGUAUGCAGCAACAAAGGCCUUUGUUAUUCAAUUCUCUAGAUCCAUUUCGGCUGAAGACUAUGAUAAAAAGAUUCUGAUACAAACUGUCUGUCCACUACUUGUCGCUACACCGAUGGCGAAGAUUGACAAGCCAACAUUUUUCAUACCGACUGCAGAAACAUAUGUGAAAAGUGCACUGGACAUGUUAGGCGUAGAAAGCUUCACCUAUGGUUAUAUUCGUCAUGAUUUGAAGGCAUUUUUAUUUGAUCUAUUACCACAACCAAUUUGGAUAGCAUUGACAAAGGCUAGAGUGAAAUCAAUGAAAAAGAAUCAAAAGUGAACAUCAGCUAGUUAAACAAACAUUUUUCAACAUUGAAAAUUUAACGCUUGAUUUUCAUACGACGAAUAUAACAGUCAUCUUGUAUCAAACUGUAUUUAACUUAAAAUAUUUGUACUAAAUUGUAAUGCAUUCAUACUAAAAAAUCAUAUUGCUUUUCAU